AUGAAUAGCGACCCUUUGUCCGGAUGGGGAGCAGCAACACUGUGAUUGUCUGGUGGGGCCUAGGCACUUGAGAUCUGCGUAAAUGUCUCCAUUCCUUACAGUGAUUACUUUUUUAGAAAGAAAAUCUAAGACAGUGUGACCCAGGCCUUCUAUGAGAGACGUUGCCGCGUCCCUAUAAGGCGUUUUCCAAGGUCUUCUCGGUCGAUGUAUGUCGAUAACGUAUCCGAGGCGAACGGCCGGGAGACUCGCUCGGACCACGUUACUCGAAACGCAUAACCCGCACGGAAUAAUGAGGAAUAAUGCCCGGGAACACCUAGGAGGACAGGGAUGCUCCUCUCGAAAAGGCUGCCCGUAGGAUCAACGAUUGGGAUCAACGAGUUCAGGCAUGAAAAGAGGUACUUUUCUUGACAAGGUAAAAAAUAUAAAAGAUCAAUCUCCUCCCAACGGCUUUUCCCUAAGAAAAUGUGAUGGGCGGGAAGUUCACAUUUUCCACAGCGCUAAUUUAUUAGAUCCAAGAUUUUAGACUGCACGAGCUAGAGAACACGUGACCAGUGGAUGCCAUGUGCUUUUCCUGCUCCUUCCAUUUUCUAAGUGUAAAGCCCUGGGGACAAGGUUGUAAAAAGGUGAGGGCUUGGGGCUCAGGACAAUCCUUCCUUGAUGGAGCUCCAUGAUUGUCCCUAGCACAUGUCAAUAUGCACUAGUCGCUCAUCACUCAAUUGAAAACUUUAUAAAAACUAGUCGACUAGUUCUUUAAAAUUAGUGAUUGUACUCGAUGCGGGUGUCAAAAAAGCAAUUGGCUAUUUCCGAAUAACCCAAGUUACCACUCUUUCUCAGAACGAAGGUAAGUGCAGUCUGUUCUCAUGCAAACAGCUGAUGCAGAUAGAGUUCAGUAUCGCAUUUAACUUCUCUUCCAUGGUAAAGGGCUUUCGAUCUUUCUCAAGCGACUGCCUCCUCCUUGCGUAUCUGCUAUUUUGUGCGUUUUAAAAUGUAUUUAACUCUUCUCGUUUGUAACACAGGAAGUUUGUGGGAGCUUGUGCAACAGAUCGUCCAUAUCUAAUUUACAAUUGGUUCUGGGAAACUUCGCGACCGUCCAGGAGGUACAAGAGGCAUUGAACAACGGAUCGUUCCCGCUGGUGUUUGAUCAAAAGGUCAAUUUAGCGGGAAUAGACACCCUAGAAAUUCACCACACAAUUUACGACAAAACUGGAGCAGGCAUCAUAAUCGAGUUCACUAACAAGGGGAGAACAGUUUACGAAAACACCGUCGGCGUGUGUACCAACUCUCCGCGGUAUGAUUUCGAUAUGAUUAACCUUCGUAAUUAUGUUGAACUCAACAAAACCGCACACGAGCCUUUGAAUUUGGGCGGAGAUGUUUUUAAACCCAUCGGUCAAGGCAGUGGUUUGCUUGGUACCCCAGGCGAUUUGACACCUCCCUCCAGACUGGUUCGCGCCGCUACGCUGACUCACUUUGCUGAUCCGGUUAAGACGAGCGACGAGGCCGUAAACUUGGCUAUCCAUAUCCUGAAUACUGUGGAUAUUCCCCAUGGAGUUGCCAGCGAAGACUAUACCAACUGGAUUGUGGCUAAGGACCUUACCCAUAAGGCGUUGUACUAUCGUACCUACAAUGAUCUGACUGUCCGCGUGAUAUAUCUUGACAAAGUACAGCUACGGGGGGAAAAGCUCAAGCUCCCGCUGUCGACACCGGUCGGGGGCUUUAAGGAUACCACCGAUGGGUUGAAAACUGUUAAUGGAGGGCACACCGAACUGUAA